AGUUUACAGCUGACCACCGAGCUGAGUGGUGGUGUCUGCUGCGGUCUAGUGCAAGAAAUUCCUUUUGAAUUGUAUAUACUAAAAUCGCUUCGCUGACGUCGGAAAACGCCAAUUUGCUCUACGAUUAUUUAUUACUCCUCUCCACCAGAAAAAAUGCUCUUUGGAAGAAAUUCCCUUCUCCUUUUGGGGAUCCUCAUUAUCUCCUUCCUGUCUCUCAUCCAAGCUGAUUAUUGGGCUUAUAAAUGUGAACAGGAGCAGAGAUGUGUUCGCGUGAGCAAGGCUGAUUUGAAUCAAGACACAUCCUACACCGUUUUUCAAGAACGAAUCUACGAAACAUGGAAAAUCUGCCGACUUGUUUGCGGAACUUACGGAGCCCUGUGGCCUCGUCCCACCGGAAAUACCUUUAUAGGACCAAAUCUCAUGCAAUUUCAUCCGAAUUUUAUUAGAUUUGACUUCCAGGACAUUCCUCUGGUUACGAAGGAUCUCAUGGUUGAUAUGACCAAAGUUUUUAUGAGGAACAUUAGGCAUGAAUGCGGAGCUAAUUGUACGUUACCAUCGGAAACGGAAGUACUUGUGAGGAUUUUUAUUACAUCUCCCGACACGACACUUUCAUGGGAAACAGUUGAAUCCUACAGUUUGGACAUUUCCACUCUAGGAACAAAGGUCUCAGUGGAUAUAUCCGCUGCUACAAUAUACGGUGCAAGACAUGGCCUAGAAACCCUCUCGCAACUCAUCACAGUUCAGCCUGGCCCAGAAAAUUCCCACCGAAAUGGUCUCGUAAUUACAGGAGCAACACGCGUGCGUGAUUCACCAGUUUAUUCCCACCGAGGCUUUAUGUUGGAUACAGCACGAAAUUUCAUCCCAAUGCGGCAGAUUCGGAAAGUCCUGGAUGGCAUGGCUGCUACCAAGCUAAAUGUCUUCCACUGGCACAUAACAGACUCCCACAGCUUCCCCCUGGAGACACCUCGGGUACCCUUGAUGACGCAACAUGGUGCCUAUUCCUCCACCAAUGUUUAUCGACAAACAGAUGUGCGCUCCCUUGUGAAGUAUGCACGUCAAAGGGGUAUUCGGGUGCUCUUGGAACUGGAUGCUCCAGCACAUGCUGGCAAUGGCUGGAAUUGGGGUCCACAGCAUGGACUUGGGGAACUGGCGAUCUGUGUGAAUGAGCAACCAUGGAGGAAUUACUGCAUUCAACCACCCUGUGGACAACUCAAUCCAAUCAAUCCCAAUCUCUACCACGUCCUUCGGGACAUCUACCGUGAUGUGAUGGAUGUAAUUGCGUCAGAAGAAACCCUCCACAUGGGUGGAGAUGAGGUAUUCUUCCCUUGUUGGAAUUCAUCAACGGAAAUUCGAGAUCUCUUGCGAUCUCGUGGAAGGAAUCUCGAAGCUGAAGAUUUCCUGCAGCUAUGGGCAGAAUUUCAGGCAUCGGCUCUUCGGAUUUGGGAUGAAGAGAGUGGCAGGGCGCCCAGUAGUAGAGAUCCCAGGAAACCACCACCUCCUGUUAUCCUGUGGACCAGUCAUCUCACUCUCCCUGAAACUAUUGAGAACUAUUUGGAGAAGGAACGUUACAUCGUGCAGGCAUGGCUGAAGGCAGAUGAUCCAAUUCCUGAACAACUCAUUGCCAAGGGGUAUCGUUUGAUCUUCUCAACUAAGGAUGCUUGGUACCUUGAUCACGGGUUCUGGGGCAUCACAACCUACGCCUCAUGGAGGAAGGUUUACGACAAUCGUAUCCCAACGAGUUUGAGCGUUCUCGGCGGGGAAACGUGUCUCUGGUCGGAGCUUGUUGAUCACAAUACCAUUGAGACUCUCACCUGGCCACGAACAGCAGCUCUGGGGGAGAGAUUGUGGUCCAAUCCCGACACAAAUGCAAAGCAAGCAGAGGGACGACUCAACCGCCACCGAGAAAGACUUGUAACGCGGGAGAUUCGAGCGGAAGCUGUAACACCCAAGUGGUGCGUUCAGAAUGAGGGGCAGUGCAGUUGAUUAGUAAAAUAGUCUUUACAGUAUGUAUUGCAAUAGAGUUAACUUUAACUGCUAAUUAAGAUUUAUUUAGACUGGAAUGUUUAAUAAAUGAAAAAUCAAAGAAA